UUUUUUCCAAUACAUUUGAAUGACGUUUGUUACCAGCGAUUAAUCACUCCAGAAAGAAUGUUUCACUUUAAUUAAUCACUUAAGAAACAAUAAAAUUUAUUCUAAAUAUACGAAAAAAUUUUCUAAGAUGAUUCUAUUCUUUUAAAAAAAGUUUUCUAUUAUUUUAUUAUGACAGCAAUACAUUUCAGCUGUCAAAUGUUAAUCUACAAUAUCAUUAUGUACGAAAAUACAUAAAAUUUCCCAAAAAAAAUCAUUAAGUAGUUAAAACAUCCAGCCAUACGUAACAACAUGGCUCAAAAAAACAGCGAUCCAGGCUACAUGGAUGGUAUUCCUGUAAAAAUAUCCGAAAAAUAUAAACCACCAAAACGUAUUAUAUUACCAACAAAUACUCAACGUAUCACCGCGAAUGAUAUCAUUCAAGGACCCUAUUUUCAAUAUGAUUACUCGUUAGAACAAAGUGUUAAGUCAAAAAUGAAAGAAUUACAACAAGCUAGAAAGGCAAUAAAAUUAGAUAGAGCGAACAAAAAAUGUCAAGAACAAAAUGUAAGGGAUACAACAGAUAUAGAUAUACCAAAUACGGAUUCAGUAUCGUAUCCAAACGAUAUUAAUGACGUAAUAACGACAUCAGAGACUGUGACAACAAAAACAAUAACGGAACGUAAGAACGAAUCAAUAUUGUUACCGACACAAAUGACUUUGAAAACGGCACUCAAUCAUUGUGAUGUACCGACACCGAUCAACAUAUCCGAUUUUGAGAAUGACACUGCCAGUCCAUUUGAUAAUAUGGAAUUAAAAACCAUAAAUGAUCUGGCAGAGUUAGCGCAGGUAUUACAACCGACAUCGGUUCAAGCGAUUUCUUCACCAAAUUACACAACCACUAACAUGUAUUGCAAUAAUUUUAAUAUUAAACAAAAUAGUGGCUAUGAUGGAACACGUGGAACACCCCAAUACAUUCCAAUAAACGACAAUCGACUGCCUAUAAAUGGAUACUAUAAUACAGAUUACUUAAUUACAUCACAAGGUGUACAAAAUUCGGUUCAAUUAACGUUACAUAAUCAAAAUUCAUAUAAUCACUCUACGUAUGUAAAUGAAUCUCAUCAUCCUGUUGUUUCCCUAUCCCAGAAUACAUCAAAUGUAGAAGAUCAUACAUCAAAUAAAUCUCGAAGUGUACCAGAUAUUAUAAAUUCAUUACAUAAAGAUUUAAUGCAAACGCGAAUUGGUGAAGCGAAUGCUGCAUUGAAUAUGCAAUUAAAACGACCAUCUCCUCCAGCACCACAGAGUGUUUCAUGUGUUUCAACAUCAACAUCAUCUUCGUGUGGGCCUAGUGAAUCAUCACGACUAUCGAAUCCGUAUUCAACGUUAUCGCAACGACAACAGCAAAUAUGUAAGGAUGUUGCAAUGAUGGGGUUUCCGUUAGACCGUGUAUCACGUGCUUGUGUAGCUAUCGGAGAUGAUCAGUCAAAGUUAAUUGAACAUAUGAUAGUAAUGUCGCAGCUAUUAGAUUUGGGAUUCAUGGAAGAAAAUAUAACCAAAGCCCUACUCCAGUGUGGUAAUGAUCGAGAUAAAGCAUUGGACUAUCUUGUCGCGUAAAUUUAAUAUAUUAAAUAAAUAAAUAAAAUAUAAUAGACUUAUUUCCUAAAUUUU